UAUAACUUUAGUUGUGUGAAGAUCUGUAUGUAUAAAACACGUGUUUGUUUUUGCAUCUUGUGUUAUUAAAGAAAUUCUCAUGUAACAAGAUUUAUUGAUAGUCUAAGAAAAAUAAUCACAAUGCCUCCAUCUCCACUAUGUUCCACAAAAUGUGGAAGAAAUGCUAUUUUGAAGAGGCCAAAAACUGGCGAUACAUUAUGUAAAGAAUGUUUUUUCUUGGCAUUUGAGACCGAGAUUCACGAUACUAUUAUCAAUGGUAAAUUAUUCAAAUCUGGUGAUAAGGUUGCCAUUGGAGCAUCAGGUGGAAAGGAUUCCACUGUACUAGCAUAUGUUUUAAAAACUUUGAAUGAAAGAUAUAAGUAUGGAUUGGACCUGUUUCUUUUAUCCAUUGAUGAAGGAAUUACUGGCUACAGAGAUGAUAGCUUAAAAACUGUGACACAAAAUAAAGAUGAUUAUGGUAUUCCUCUUAAAAUCUUAUCAUACAAGGAAUUAUAUGGAUGGACAAUGGAUUCUAUAGUUACAGAGAUCGGCCGUAAGAAUAAUUGCACAUUUUGUGGUGUUUUCCGAAGACAGGCAUUGGACAGAGGGGCUGCAAUUUUAAAGGUAGAUUGCAUCGCAACAGGUCAUAAUGCAGAUGAUAUAGCUGAAACAGUACUAAUGAAUAUCUUGAGGGGUGAUAUUGCUCGACUGCAGAGAUGUACAUCUGUAAUCACUACUGGUGCAGAUUCUAUCAUGCGGUGUAAACCUCUGAAAUAUGCAUAUGAAAAAGAGAUUGUUAUGUAUGCAUAUUUUAAAAAUCUAGUAUACUUCUCUACAGAAUGUAUAUAUGCUCCAAAUGCUUAUAGAGGUCAUGCAAGAGCCUUUCUGAAGGAUUUAGAGAAAAUAAGACCAUCAUCUAUCAUAGACAUAAUAUAUUCAGGUGAGCAGUUACAAGUGAAAGAUAAUGUAAAAAUGCCAGAGAGAAGAAAUUGUACUCUAUGUGGAUUUGUCUCAAGUCAAGAAAUAUGUAAAGCAUGUAUUUUGUUGGAAGGUUUGAAUAGAGGACUGCCGAAACUCGGUAUUGGUAAAUCUAACAAAGCCAAAAAGAUAAUGAACUUACAUGUGGAUAAAAAAAACAAACUGCAAAAUAUAGAACUUUAAGAUUCUUAUGUAAUUAAAUGUGUAACUGUCUAAAUAUAUAACAUGUGCACUUCAAAUAUUUUUACA